AUGAGGUCCACUACUUUAAUUCAAAUCGCUUUAUCUGCUAGUACAAUCUUGGCUCAAACUACAAUUCUUAUACCACUCACUAGCACUCAGGUUAUCGGAGAGCCAUCACCAGCACCAGCACCAGCCCCGGCACCAGCACCAGCCCCUGAACCAGCGCCAGCCCCUGAACCAGCCCCGGCACCAGCACCUGAACCAACAGGACAGGCAACUGUUACUGUGACCGAAGAUCAAACUGGAGGUGCAGGUACAGGUACAGGUACAGGUACAGGAACCGAGCAAACUACUGCUCAGGAUACUACUACUCAGGAAACUACUACCGAGCAACCCGAUACUACAACUGUUCAUAAUACUACUACACCUCAUACCGCUACCAAUGCUACUGCUCACCAUAACACCACCACAUCACAAGAGACUGGAACUGGAACCCAAACUGGAACCCAAACUACAAACACCACUACUUUCACUGCCCAAGGUGUCGCUUUAGCUGCUGGUGCCUCAUUCGGCUACAUGGUUGCCUUGUUAUUCUUGUAA